AUGCUGUUAUGACCGCGGCGGCUCAUGAGCGUGUUUGAAUUUCUGGAGAUGGACGGAAGAGACUCGACCUUUGUGGCCGGGAGGAGCAGAUUACCCAGAGAUGCCGGGGCGGUGGGCGGAGUCUGUGUGGCGAACGAAGACUCCUCCCCCUGCAUUAGCCAGGGGGAGGGGCCUGAUGACGAACGAUUUGAGGAUGUGCUUUAUGAACUUGGAGGAGGAGCGGAGCUUAACCUGGAGCUGGAUGUGAGGGAGGAGCCUCAGGGGGAGGAGCUUAACUGGGAGACGAACCGACACAAGGCGAACGAACUGGAAGAGCAAAGCAACACGAGCCGUUCUACAACCAGCCCUGAUCCUACAGCAACCUCCACAGAUCUGUGCAAAGCGUCGCCUCUGUCAGAGCAGCUCCUGCGGGGCCGAGACGAGGGGGCGGGGCUUAACAUGGAGUGUCGAGUCUGCGGAGACCGAGCCUCGGGAUUCCACUACGGCGUUCAUGCCUGUGAGGGCUGCAAGGGGUUCUUCCGGAGGACCAUUCGAAUGAAGUUGGAAUAUGAUAAAUGUGACCGCAGCUGUAAGAUCCAAAAGAAAAGUCGGAAUAAAUGCCAGUUCUGUCGAUUUCAAAAGUGCCUGGUGCUCGGGAUGUCUCAUGACGCGAUCCGAUACGGACGGAUGCCGGAGGCGGAGAAGCGUAAGCUAGUCGCGGGGAUGCUAGCGGGGGAAAAGAGCUCCCAGACCUCCAGCGGUUCAGAUCUGAAGUCUCUCGCCAAACGGGUCAACAACGCCUACUUGAAGAAUCUCAACAUGACCAAGAAGAAAGCUCGCAACAUCCUGACGGGGAAGACCGACGCAAGCCCGCCGUUUGUCAUUCAUGACAUGGACUCGCUGUGGCAGGCGGAAAACGGGCUGGUCUGGAAUCAGGUGAUUAACGGGGCUCUGCCCAAUAAGGAGAUCGGCGUGCACGUGUUUUACCGCUGUCAAUGCACGACUGUGGAAACCGUACGAGAACUCACCGAGUUCUCCAAAAGCAUCCCGGGAUUCAUCGACCUUUUCCUGAAUGACCAGGUGACGCUGUUGAAGUACGGCGUCCACGAGGCGAUCUUCGCCAUGCUGCCGUCGCUCAUGAAUAAGGACGGGCUGCUGGUGGCGAACGGCCGGGGCUUCGUGACGAGGGAGUUCCUCCGCAGUCUUCGCAAACCCUUCAGCGAGAUCAUGGAGCCGAAGUUCGAGUUUGCGGUGAAGUUUAACGCUCUCGAGCUGGACGACAGCGACCUAGCCCUGUUCGUGGCCGCCAUCAUCCUGUGCGGAGAUCGUCCAGGACUCAUGAACGUCCAUCAGGUGGAGGAGAUCCAGGACAACAUUCUCCAGGCCCUCAAUCAUCACCUGACGCUCAAUCACCCCGACGCCGGCUUCAUCUUCCCCAAACUCCUGCAGAAGCUGGCAGACCUUCGGCAACUAGUGACGGAGAACGCUCAGCUGGUGCAGAAGAUCAAGAAGACGGAGUCCGAGACGUCGCUGCACCCGCUCCUGCAGGAGAUCUACAGGGACAUGUACUGACCCAAACCAUUCCAGGCUCGCGGACCAAAUCACUGUGAUCGCCAGCUCUCGAGUUGCUACCGUUAUAAAACUCUUUGGAUCUUAUGCGACUGGAUGAUUUGUUACUGAACUGAACUCUAAAGCAGGCCGAGAGACGUCAUCGUAAACGCAAUAAAGACCCUCAUUUGCUGCUCAAAUCUGCCUCACAUGUGCGUCACAACUUCUUUAACCCAAUCUUUAAAUCGCAGCAAUGCAUUCCUAUUGAUCUAUUCACAAUGUCUUUGACGACACAAUGAUUUUUAG